AUGCUUAUAGAGGCUGGGACAUCACCUCAUCGCUGGAUGACUGGAACAAAGGAACGAAUGUUAAUUAAAGUUACAGACCGGGAACCAAGUUAUUUAUUGCAUCAGGGUAACGGGAAUGCUGAGAACCAACCAGGAACGCGGUCUCGCAGGCCUUCGGGCCACCAGCUGUCACAUGCUCACAGCUUUGCAUCGGAUAGUGAUAAUCAGAUCUUCUUUACGGAACGCAAGUCAUCCCCUUACCUGAAAAGGGCAGAGCACAUUGGUGGCUGUUCCCCCAUUCUGGCAAGAGGGGAACCUUAUCAUUCCCCAAUCCACUACCAACACAGAAAAUAUUCCUUUGAAUCCCAGCCCUCAUCUCCUCGCUAUGGCUAUGAGCCUCCUCUUUAUGAGGAACCUCCUGUUGAAUACCAGGCUCCUAUUUACGAUGAACCACCCAUGGAAGUGCAGUGUGAGGGAAUGAGCCUCUACAAAGCUGGGUCACCACAGAAAUCGCCAGUUCGGAAGCCACAUCCGAUGCUUCACUCUCCCAAACAGGGCCAGAACUCUCCUUACCAGCAUCUAAUAUUAACAAAACAAAAAUGUCCAGAGAAAUCCAUGAGUUUAGAAUACAGUCCAGUGGGCAAAGAACUUGUGAAGCAGCUGGUGUACGUAGAGCAGUCUGGCUCUAGCCCAAAGUUCAAAACAAGUACAAAGCAUCGAUAUUCACCUAGUGCUACAUCCACUAUUUCUUACUCAUUACAGCACAGCCAUUCAUUGGUUAGAGACCUUCAGUGUUCUGAUUCCAGGUCUGCCGAUUACAAUGGCCUGGAAGGAUCUGAAGCCAGGUAUAGUCAGCAAGGCAACCAGCUGAUUCAGGAGGACUCCAUGUCAUGGUCUAGCCAGCAUGACUCGUUGUCUUCAAUAGGCUACUCGCCAAACACAAGGAAAAGGAAAAGCAGGAAGCCUUCCCUGACCCAAGAGACUUGUGGUGUGGUAGGGGAGAGUUGCGGAGAAAUUAACGCUCUACCUGAGCGGCUGCUGGCUGAGGAGCGGCACUUGCCCCUUGACAAGACUGAGAUGAGCCAGACUGACAACAAGAGCAUUGAGGCAGAGAUGCUGCGGGGAUACUCCGAUGUACACACAACCCAGGCAAGACUGGCACGGGAGGCACAGCAGCUACAUCACAUCAAGCAGCGUAGCAGCUGGGAUUCCCAGAAAGAAGUGUCUGGUUAUGAGAGUGACGGGGCCCUUCCUCUACCUAUGCCAGGGCCUGUCGUUCGGGCUUUCAGUGAGGAUGAAGCACUCGCUCAACAGGAGGGAAAACACUGGAAGAGGAACACAUUUGAAAAGCUCGGCUUCCCUCAAGUGCUACUGGAAAAGAGUGUUUCUGUACAAACUAACUUAGCUUCACCGGAACCUUACUUACACCCAUCACAGUCUGAAGACCUGGGCACUUGCAGUCAGUACGAUAUUGGAAGGCAGAGCCGGAACAUGAUGCCCAGUGCUAGCUGUGUCUUCCCUGGAUUCAUGCUGCGAAAGCCGUCUUCCGAGACAGAUAUUGAGAACUGGGCUUCCAAACACUUCAACAAGCACACACAGGGAAUUUUCCGCCGCAAAGUAUCCAUUGCUAACAUGCUGGCUUGGAGCAGCGAGUCGAUCAAGAAGCCCAUGAUAAUGACGGCUGACCGCAAUGUGAAGAAAGAAGCAUGCGAAGUGUUCAAACUGAUCCAAAUGUACAUGGGGGACCGGAGGGCCAAGGUGGACCAGGUUAACGUGGCACUAGAGAUCGCCACAAAGGGUUGGAGCAUGCAGGGCCUGAGGGAUGAACUGUACAUCCAACUGUGUCGGCAGACUACUGAAAAUUUUAGAUAUGAGAGUCUCGCUAGGGGCUGGGAAUUAAUGGCCAUCUGCCUGGCCUUCUUCCCUCCUACUCCCAAGUUCCACUCCUACCUAGAAGGCUAUAUCUACAGGCACAUGGAUCCCGUGAAUGACGCAAAAGGUGUUGCUAUUAGCACGUAUGCUAAGUACUGCUACCGUAAACUACAGAAAUCGGCUCUGACUGGAGCAAAGAAGGGACUUCGGAAACCCAGUGCGGACGAGAUCAGACAUGCCACAAAUGCUGUUUUCUGCCCAUCCAUGUUUGGUAGCUCUCUGGACGAGAUCAUGAACAUGCAACAUGAGCACUAUUCAGACCGACAGCUGCCAUGGGUCCAGACUAGACUCUCUGAGGAAGUGCUGAAACUCAAUGGAGCACAGACUGAGGGUAUCUUCAGAGUUCCCGGAGAUAUCGAUGAGGUUAACGCUCUCAAACUUCAAGUGGAUCAAUGGGUUAUUCCACAAGGGCUGACAGACCCCCAUGUUCCAGCCUCAUUGUUGAAACUGUGGUACCGGGAACUAGAGGACCCACUCAUCCCUCAUGAAUUUUAUGAACAGUCUAUCAACCAUUACGAAAACCCAGAGGCAGCAAUUGCAGUCGUCCACUCCCUACCCAAGCUCAAUCGGCUGGUCCUCGGCUACCUCAUCCGCUUCCUACAGAUUUUUGUCCAACCGGCCAAUGUCUCUGUGACCAAGAUGGAUGUCAACAACCUAGCCAUGGUCAUGGCCCCCAACUGUCUCCGCUGUCAAUCAGACAACCCCCGGAUCAUAUUCGAGAACACACGCAAAGAGAUGUCCUUUAUCCGAGUAUUAAUCCAACACCUGGACACCAGCUUCAUGAAAGAUGUGCUAUAGCAAGGAGAGUAAAAGAAAACUAGAAAAAAGGAACAGAAGCAAACAGAAAGUGCAAAGAUAAGCCUUGUACAAAAAAAAGUAAUGGGUUUGUGUUUGCAUUUGUUUACACCAAUUUAAGAUCUUUUUGCCAGUCCGUCACUGGUUGAUGUUGUCUACAUUAUAAGAAAAGGGAAAAAAAACCAAGAAAAAAGUAUUAUAUGUAAAUUUUGAUGCUUUUUUUUUGUUUGCUAUAUAUGAUGCUCCCAUCCAGGUCCAUCCCACCUAUGGCACAGUUUACUAAUAGUUUAUUUUUUCGUUUAGCAUGCAUACUUGGGUUUUUAAAACCUCUUUAUAAAGUAACUUUAUUUUUAUAGCAUUUAAUUAUACAGGGCUAAAGAAAAGACACCAUUACGUGGGCAAGAUGCCCUCAUACUGUUCAUUUCUUCUCUCACUUCUUGCCAUCUCAACAGUACUUUGCUGUGAAUUUUAACCUAGUGUAUUCCGAACCUUAUAUCAUUUUAUUUUUGCGUGAAAGGAAUUCACUCUAUCUGCAGUUAGCUUCGUUUUUUUUAGAAAGAAUGGUUCUGCUGCAUUCUUUUCUCCCCUUCUAAGUGAUCCAUGUCGUUUUUUUCAAUUCACUGCACUCCCUUCUCGGGUUUGCUGGGCACUGUAGAAUUGCCCCACCUGGUGCUAACUCUCAUCGAUGUAAGCGCUUUACUCCAGUUACCUGGUUCAGGAUUUAAAAGGUUAAUCCUUUUCAGCAAGACUGCAAGUUUUUACACACAAGGAUGAGAGUCAACGCUAGUGGGAAGACCCAGAAUCUGACUUGGUGAAGGUGGAUGUUGAACCCAUUUGCUUACUGCAGCCUGAGAUAAUGGGAACUGCAGAUGCUGGAGAAUCC